AUGGCUAGACGCUUCAGGGAAGUAUCGCAUGACUCGACACUCUUGUCGAAGGAUCUGCCUGCUGCUGUCGAGCAGAUGGCCAUCGUUGAGGAGUUCUGUGUUGUGUCUGGGGCGCUUUUGAACCAAGCCAAAUGUCAAACUCUGGUUCUCACCGGUCACCUCGACCCUGCCGACACUGACGGCAGGGGUCUCCUGAACAUUUUGCCCACAGGCCAACCUCUCCCAGCCGACCACCAACUCAACCUCGUCCACGAGAGGUUUAUGGCCAGCUUCCAACAAUGGGGCUGCCGUGCUCGGACGCUCCAAGGGCAUCGGUUGCUGCCCAAUACUGUCAUGCUCUCACUCAUGUGA